CUCGCGCAGCUCUGGUCGUCGCUCUCCUGUCCGUCUGACAUUGUUUUUGUAUCGUAUAUCGGAGAAGAGAGUGUGGAGAACGGGAAAGGAAAGCGUUCCUGUUUUGCUUCACGUGUCUGCAGAUAAACAAAGCAAUCCAGCAAUCGAAAUACUCUAGUAUAUCGUGACAAAGCAACGCGACAUAAUUUCGGUUAUUUCGUGUACAUCAGGGAAAUUAUAGAGGGAAGCCAACUCAAACCAAAGUCAAACAACACCUAGAACUUUUUACGGUCCCACCGCAAGAUGUCGCUGUUGCUCACAGGAAACAGUACCUCCCUUUCCGAGGAGGAACUCGACGAAUACUCCGAUGGCACCGUCAAGCUGCGCAACUCAAACAUUGAGCUUAUGGACCAGGAUAUCCUGUAUCACCUGGCAUUGGGCAGCGAGAGCCACGACCUGCAGGAGAUGUUUGGCGAUGUUAAGUUUGUUUGCAUGGGCGGCACACCAAAGCGCAUGGAGAACUUCGCCCACUUCAUCAUGAACGAGAUCGGCUACAAGUUGCCAGCAGGCACCCAACUGCAGGACAUCAGUGCCUAUUCGUACCGCUACUCGAUGUACAAAGUUGGCCCGGUUCUGUGUGUCAGUCACGGCAUGGGAACCCCAUCGGUUAGCAUUCUGAUGCACGAGAUGAUCAAGCUGAUGUACCACGCCAAAUGCAAGGAUCCUGUGUUCAUCCGGAUUGGAACGUGCGGAGGAGUCGGAGUUGACGGCGGCACUGUCAUCAUCACAGAGGACGCUCUCGAUGGACAGCUGCGAAAUUCCCAUGAAUUUACCAUUCUGGGUGAGACCAUCCAUCGCCCUGCCAAGCUGGACAAGAAGCUGGCUCGUGAACUGAAGUCCCUGGCCAGUGCAGAUGAUCCAUAUGACACCAUCAUUGGCAAGACCCUCUGCACUAAUGAUUUCUACGAGGGACAAGGCCGCUUGGAUGGAGCCUUCUGUGAGUUUAGCGAGAACGACAAGAUGGCCUAUCUGGAGAAGCUGCGCGAGAACGGAGUGGUCAAUAUCGAAAUGGAGAGCACCAUUUUCGCUGCUCUGACCCAUCAUGCCGGCAUCAAGGCAGCGGUGGUUUGUGUGGCCCUUCUGAACCGGUUAAAUGGGGAUCAGGUGAAUGCGCCCAAGGAAGUAAUGCACGAGUGGCAGCAGCGUCCUCAGAUUCUGGUGUCGCGCUACAUUCGGAAGGUUCUCACACAUAAUGGUCAGCUAAAAUCUCUUUUUGGCCACCAGGGAUCCAUCAAGUCGCCCCGACGCUUCAAGCUCGUCCAGCAGGAAUCUCAGGCCCACGAGUAAUCCAAAUCACAUCGCCAGUUUCAUUUAGUUUUACCUUCUUACUAUGUAUGUGCACAUCUCUCCAGUAUACAAUGGUGUUUCAACAUUCCCUAGUUUAGCUCUGAUUAAGUUCCUAGCUUUAUUUCUGUGUAUAUCACCCUCAGCCGCAUUAGAUAAUUUAAUCCCAAGCAUAUUGUACGUAUAUUCAUUGAGCUGCUAAACGCUGAAAUGUGUUACCACAAAUCUAAUAUAUGUAUACCUAUAAUAUAUAAAAAUAGUAUCACCGAGUGUGACGUUCAAAGGUUAUCAGAAAUAAACGCUUUUGAGAUCACAAAAACAAAAAAACAAAUAUAGAAAUAUGAAAAAAAAAUUGUUAAUUGUUAUGUUGCAUAUUUUAAAUGGGGCUAACCAAUAUGAAAAGGUUCAACAAUAAUAAAAACUCUUAAAAUAACAAUUUAAUGCUACAUUUCGAUUUUAUAAAUUAUUCUAUUAUAUUGUAUUAAAAUUCCUAAAUAUUUGUUAAAUGUACAUGUUGAUUAGUGUUGCUACCGUACACUCGACUCUAAACCAAAACCAAAACCAGCACUUAAUCUUUCUCUCUCAUGUUAUAUCCAAAUAAAUGAAAACAAUUUCAAAAUGAACAAAAUGCUGAAAAUAACAUCAAUAUUAUUACGGAUAGCGCAUGAAAAAUAUACAAGUUAUAUUGUAAAAACGAAAUUUAUGAAAAGUAUUUCAACGGUAUAUUAAAAACAAAUUGUAAUUAAA